AUUAAACCAAAUUAAUAUUGGGUAAAUCAAAGAUUCAAAGGGACUUGGCUCGAAAGGUGAAAAACCCAAAGGGGCGGCGAAGCGAAUUUGCAGACGAACAUCACCGUCCCGUCGGUAACAAUGGAGGCUCGUCACGCAUCUCUCGGUCGACGAACGCUUGAGGAAAUUCGUCAAAAGAGAGCCGCGGAAAGAUUGGUUAAAACCACUUCCGGACCAGAUCUAAGUCAGGUUCCGACCAUCUCCGAGAUGGCUACAAUUAACAAGUCGGAGAGCGGAAAUAGACUCUCUGAGUCAGAUGUUAGUUCGCUAAUAUCUCAAAUAAAAGAUCUGCAAAAGAAGAACACGGAGUUGGAUGAAGAAAACAAGAAAAUGACUUUAAAGCUUCAAACGAUUGAAAUUGAUAAUGAUGCAAUGCAGAAGAAGUUAAAUGGACUGGAGCAAAAUACGGUGCCAUCUCUCAGAAAAGCUCUCAAGGAUGUUGCGAUGGAAAAAGAUGCUGCAGUUGUUUCACGAGAAGAUCUUUUAGCACAGCUUCGUACCCUGAAGAAACGGCUGAAGGAAGCAGAAGAGGAGCAAUAUCGUGCAGAGGAAGAUGCAGCAGCAUUGAGAGCAGAAUUGAAUUCAGUUCAGCAACAAUCAAUGACUAACACAGUCAGUACAAUUCCAUCUCUUGGUCCACCAGACCACCAUCUUCAAAUAUUAGAAAAUGAGCUAGCUGGUUUAAAAUUGGAACUGCAGCGUGAGUCACUGAUGAGGCACCAGGGGCAAGAACAAUUAGCAAAAGAGCAAAGCCGUAUUGCAUCAUUGAUGUCUGAAAAGCAGGAGUUGGAAGAAAAACUAAACUCCAUGUCUAGAGAGGCUGCAGAAAUCUCAGAUAAAGCAACUCACAAGGCAUUCACUUUGGAGGACAAGCAGAAACUUGAUAAGCAGUUGCAUGAUAUGGCGUUAGCUGUAGAAAGAUUGGAGAGCAGCAGGCAGAAACUUCUAAUGGAGAUUGAUUAUCAAUCUACAGAGAUAGAGAGGCUUUUUGAGGAAAAUUCUAAUCUCUCAAAUUCACAUCAAGAGGCAAUUGGAGCAGCAGCAAGAUGGGAAAGCCAGGUGAUGGAGUGUCUUAAGCAAAAUGAAGAGCUGCGCGGGAUUCUAGAAAAAUUGCGAGUGGAACAGGCUAAUGGCUUACCAGACUCAUUUAAGAAUGGGGUACAUGAGACUGAUUCCUCAACAUCUAUUGGAGAGGUGGCAUCUCUGAAGGGCCAACUUGUAAAGGAAAUGAGCAGAGCAGAGACACUAACGGCAGAAGUCAUGCAACUCUCUGCGCAACUUGAACAAGUCAAACAAGCAUAUGAUGGUCUUGCACGCUUUUAUAAGCCAGUGCUGCGCAAUAUUGAAAACGGUCUCAUACAAAUGAAACAAGACAACUCAUUGUCUGUACGAUGAAAGUGAUGGGCAGUUUGUUGAUGAUACUCUGGUGACUGAAGCCCCAACUGAUUACAUGAAUUUCCAAUUUAAUGGAGUUUGUAGCACCCAUUAUUCAUAUCAGUUUCCUAAAAACGAAACAGGACUGUUCCGUAACUGGCGAUGAUGGAAAUGGAAAUGAGAACUCUGGUAAUAUUUGGCACGAGAGACCAUAUGUUACAUAUACAUGAAUUUGUAAAAUGUAUCAUUCUUUAAACUAUAUUAAUAUGUAAAGAACAAACAUUAUCAAUCGGGUGAGUAUAUUUCGAUGAUAGUUUUGUAUAAACCAAACAUAGAUUGAAAGAGUUGUAAUUAAACCUUUUUUUUUUUCUGGUUGAUGUGUAUCAUCUUUAUAGGUUGCAUAACAAAGUGGUCUUUGGAAGUUUGA